AGACAGGGUCCACGGGGAGUGACGAGACAAACCCGCGGCGUAUAGAAGGGCCGAGCAUUUUUUUUGCAGUACGCGCGAGUGCGAAACCAAAGAAGGUUCAUUAUCGAAGUGAAUACAUAUUAUAUAUAACGAGAUUACAAUGUGGGAGGAAGAAGCUGCACCGUGGGAUGUUGAGGAACCUGCUCCGGCAGCGGGUCCCGAGGGUGCAGCGGAAGGUGCGCCUACCGAGGCAGCUGCUGCUGAGAAACCUGUCUUGAAAUUAUUAAAGCUUGAGCCGCCACAUUACAAUCAUCACUGGGUUCGACCACUGUUUCUUAAUUACGCGUAUCUCUACGAUUACAGGAAGAACUAUUACGAGGACGUGAUCGAUUAUCUUAAUUCGAGACAGAAGGGUAUAUACCGCGAGCCGCCCAGAGCUCAGGAGUGGGCAGAAAGAGCUAUGAGGACCUACGAUCAAAAGAAUACAGACAAGAGCUUUAAGCGAUCGGCCGACAUGAAGUACAUCACUAAUAUGAGACUCACAUCCAGACACUACAGUUAUCAUACUCGUGCUUACUAUAGUCUGAAAUACCAGAAGAUUCUGUGAAUCCGCAGACCGCUGUUAAAAGCAGUCAAAAGACAAGUGAAAUUUCACAUAUUCGUUCACGUGUACACAAUCUCUUAAGAUCUUCAUCAAUAUUUAUUUUUCGACGUAAUUUGUCUUUCUAAUUGUCUCUAUUGUAUCUCUUGUUUGCGACUAGAUAAUUUUGAUUUGUUUUAUAUAAACUAGUGAGAUAAAUAAUAUUGUAAUUCAAAUGUGAUUGGCAGAAUUGAUAAAAUCAUCAAUAAUAUCUGCUCAUUGCAGCUAAAAUGAUAUAUGUUUGUACACUUACUUGGCAUAUGUACCAUUAAAGAUUGGUAUUGUAAAAUAUAUCUUU